UCCAACACGCAGCCAUACCGACUGUCGGGAUGUGACCCCGGAACAGGACGCCUCCUUAGAAACAACACUCCAUUCAAAUAAAACACAGGCGAAAAAACGGAUCUGGACCAGGAGAGAGCCUCAGGAGCAGGGGGGAUGAACCGCGAGGAGGCCCCCGGGAAGUCUCCCGAAGAGAUGUACAUCCAGCAGAAGGUGCGCGUGCUGCUCAUGCUCAAGAAGAUGGGAUCAAAUCUGACGCCAAACGAGGAGGCGUUCCUCCGGAAUUACGCAGGUGUGGUGCACAGCCAGAUGAGCCAGCUGCCACAGCACCCCAUCGACCAGGGUGCUGAGGAUGUGGUAAUGGCCUUCUCAAGAUCGGAAACAGAGGACCGGAGACAGUGACCUCCAGCCGCAUUACCUCUCGCUGCAACGACACAACUUA